AUUAUUAUUAUUAUUAUUACGAUAUCCCAAUUCCUAGGCCCCGACGGACUCCGUAGAGUGGCGCUCGCGGAUGGCACUGAAAGCUUUCAUUUGCCGGCCAUGUUGCGUAUCGGCGGCGAUUCCUCCCUCGAUUGAACCUUCUUGGAGGUCUUCUUUCUUCGUCGGUCAACUUCUCGAAAUCUCCAUCCCAAACCCCCCUUCAGGAGAGUAUACUCUGAAGAGACCAGGCAUCAUUGUAUCGAAGAAAUUGUCAGGACUGGAGGAGGCUGUACGAAUUCAAAGGUCAAGAGAACUACAUGGUUCAAUAAAAUUAAGAAAAAGGGCACCGUUAAGGCGUGGAAAAGUUUCUGGAAGGCUUCCUGUUCCUGAUCACAUCUGUAGACCUCCAUAUGUUGAUUCAGGCUUGUUGCCGGAACUAUCUAGGGAGCAUCAAUUACAUGAUGAUGAGGGUAUUUCUCGCAUGAAGGCUGCCUGUGAACUUGCGGCCCGCGUCUUAGAUUAUGCAGGAACAUUGGUUAGACCAUCCGUAACGACAAAUGAAAUUGAUAAAGCAGUUCACAAUAUGAUAAUUGAUGCUGGGGCUUAUCCUUCCCCACUUGGGUAUGGUGGAUUUCCCAAAAGUGUUUGCACAUCAGUAAAUGAAUGCAUGUGCCAUGGGAUACCUGAUUCCCGCCAACUACAGGAUGGGGACAUCAUAAACAUCGAUGUCACUGUUUAUCUGAAUGGUUAUCAUGGGGACACAUCAAAAACAUUUCUAUGUGGAAAUGUCAACGAAUUGACAAAGCGUCUAGUCAAAGUGGCUGAAGAAUGCCUAGAGAGGGCCAUAUAUGUUUGCAAAGAUGGUGCAAACUUUAAGAAGAUUGGCAAAAGAAUAAGCGAGCAUGCUGAAAAAUAUGGCUAUGGUGUUGUGGAGCGUUUUGUUGGUCAUGGUGUAGGGACAGUAUUCCAUUCUGAGCCACUCAUCUUGCACCAUCGUAAUGAUGAAUCGGGCUGCAUGGUUGAAGGUGAAACAUUUACCAUUGAGCCGAUCCUAACCAUGGGAAGUACUGAAAACAUUACUUGGGAUGACGGGUGGACGACUGUAACUGCAGAUGGUAGUCGUGCCGCACAGUUUGAGCACACAAUUUUGAUCACCAGGACUGGCGCAGAGGUUUUAACAAAAUGCUGAGGUCAUAGUCCCAUACAAAAGGCUCUUAAUCACUAUAAUGGAUGAACUGAUUGCAUGCUAUCUUGUUCCACAUCAUUGGAGAGACACAUGGAUGCUAGCUAUUGCUGUCACAGCCCCAACCAAGGGAUCUUAAACGAGACAGAAUUUUCAGUUAAUAUGAAGCAUCGAUGGCAUAAUUAGUGCUAGAAACACAGUGGCCAUUUAUAAUGCCUGGGAUUUUGUAAUCUGAUGAUUAUUUAUGUGUGUUUUUUUUACUGAUAUUAAACACCAAGAAGUUGAGCAC